AUGAUCAAGCGCCACAAUAAAGUGACUUUACCACCAGGUUACAGUCAAUUGCAUUGGAUGCGACUGUGUCAAUCAGGUCAAGAUUUAUCUGGUUUAGGUACUACUUUUCCUCGUCGAGCUAUUUUAAUGCAAGAAGUAGCUUGUCAUAAUACUCAAGAUGAUUGCUGGAGUGUCCUGAAUGGUAAAGUAUACAAUAUGACGUCAUAUCUUCAAUUUCAUCCAGGUGGUAUUGCAGAUUUAAUGUUAUCGGCUGGAGGAGAUUGUACCGAUCUCUUUAAUGAGAAACAUCCAUGGGUCAAUGGACAUGGAAUGCUGGAAAAGUGUUAUAUUGGUGAGCUGGACAUGGACUCGAUCAUGACCAAAUCAGAUACAAAAAUGGAUGAGUUUGCGUUACACAAGACCCAGUGGCGAUCAUUUCCACUCGUCUUCAAGCAGACAGUGAGUCAUGAGACGGUCAAGUUGACAUUCAAGUUGCCUAGCAAUAAAUUACUGGGACUGGAGAUACCAGGACAGCAUUUAAAAGUGCGAGCUAAGAUCAAGGAUCAGACGAUCGAGAGAGCGUAUACGCCGACGUCUAAAUUCUCUCAAUCAACGUCUUUCGAUCUGAUUGUCAAAGUGUAUCCGGACGGAGUGAUGAGCAGCUAUUUGAACGACUUGGUGGUGGGCGAUAAUGUCGAGAUGCUAGGACCACAGGGACAAAUUGGGUACCCUGAAGCUGGCAUUGUGACCUAUGGAGGUCAACCGAAGCUGACCAAUGUACGUCACAUCGUGAUGGUUGCUGCUGGAACGGGCGUCACUCCGAUGAUGCAGCUUAUCCGUGCUGUUGUCGAGAACAGUAAGGACACGGCCACAGUUACGCUGGUGGACUGCAACCACUCGUUAGCGCACAUCAUUGCGCGCACGCAGUUGGAACCGCUAGCUAACAUGUUUUUAGAGCGGAUCAAGAUUCACCACAUUCUUCAUGAGGCCAGUGAAGACGAUUCUCGAGACUUGGGAUCGUUCCGAACCGGUAUGCGACUGGAUAAGGCGAUGCUGACUGAGUUACUACCAAAAGCGUCGCCCGAUGUGGCUGCCUUCCACUGUGGCCCACCAGCCUUUGACGAAGCUGUCAGUACAAUGCUGAAGGAUCUGGGCUUUAAGGAGAACCAGAUCUUCAUGUUCUAG